CAUUCAGUUCCUCCGCCUCCAAUCCAACCACACCACACGCGAGACAGGGGAGGGGAGGAGAUCGGCUCUCUCUCGGCUCUCUGCAACGCAAGAACGAACGGUGGCAACCGAGGGGAGGAGGAGAUCGACGAUGGGGAGGUCGCCGUGCUGCGAGAAGGCGCACACGAACAAGGGCGCGUGGACCAAGGAGGAGGACGACCGCCUGGUCGCCUACAUCCGCGCGCACGGGGAGGGGUGCUGGCGCUCGCUGCCCAAGGCGGCCGGACUGCUGCGCUGCGGCAAGAGCUGCCGCCUGCGGUGGAUCAACUACCUCCGCCCAGACCUCAAGCGCGGCAACUUCACCCGCGACGAGGACGACCUCAUCAUCAAGCUCCACAGCCACCUCGGGAACAAGUGGUCGCUGAUCGCCGCGAGGCUGCCGGGCCGGACGGACAACGAGAUCAAGAACUACUGGAACACGCACAUCCGGCGGAAGCUGCUGGGCCGGGGCAUCGACCCCGUCACGCACCGCCCCAUCGGCGACCCCGGCCACGCGCCCGCCGGCAACGCCACCAUCUCCUUCCAGCCUACCCAGGCGCCGACGAUCAAGCCGCCCAGGUGCCCCGAUCUCAACCUGGACCUCUGCAUCAGCCCGCCGUCGCCGUGCCAAGAAGAGCAGGAGCUCAAGCCCGUCAAGCGGGAGCUGAUACAGGGCGGCUAUGGCCACGACCGCGGCCUCUGCUUCGGCUGCAGCCUGGGCCUCCAGAAAGGAGCGGCAGGGUGCAGCUGCAGCAACAACCACUUCUUGGGGCUCAGGGCCGGCAUGCUUGAUUUCAGCAGAAGCCUCGAGAUGAAGUGAAACCAAAUGAAAUGAGCAGCCUUUUGUUUUCUUGUGUUCUUCGCCAUUGUUGCUUGGGCUCUUGGAUAGUUGGUUACUAGUUUUUAGGAGGUUAAUACAGUAGAGGAUGAGAAGGAGAGCGAAAACGGUGAGGAUUUGUAACUCGUGUUAGCAGAUAAUCCUCUCUGCUCCCUUGUCUUCCAUUUUGUGUAAAUUACUGUUUGACUGAUGAUGGCCAGGAAUAAUACUCUCAAUCUCUGAUGCUA